CACAGGGGAAGGACGUGGCGUAUUUCCGGUACUGGCGGCAUAUCCAGAGGUAGAGUUGAAGCUGUCUAAUGGCUGCGGUGUUUCCAGCAGAUGUCCAGCAGCUUUUGGUGAUAAAAGAAGAGGUUCUCCAUGAAUGCAGUCUCAGUCUGGACCAUCAUGACUCAGAGUUUCUUCACAUAAAGGAGGAACAGGAGGAAUUCUGGAAAAGUCAAGAGGGAGAACAGCUCAGUGGGCUGGAGGACUAUAUCUCUGGGUUCCCAUUCACUGCUGUUCAUGUGAAGAGUGAAGAUGAUGAUGAGAAACCUCAGUUCUCAACGCUUCAUCAAAGCCAAACUGAAAACAGCAGAGAGACCGAGCCUCCAGCUAGCAGCUCAGCUGAACAGAUAAAAAUAGGAAACUAUUCUUCACCAGAUCCAGUCAGACACCCCCAUCCAGAUACUCCUUUACAAUCACGUACUGAUGGAGAGGCCUCAGAGUUUGAAAAGACUGAAGUCAGUGAGGACGAUGAUUGGCAGGAACCUUUGUCAGAUUGUGGACCUGAAGCUGAUGAAAGCAACAGCUGGCUGAAUGACAGCACAUUAACUGAGUCAGGUGUAAAAAAUGAUGUGAGAUGUAACGCUGCAAAAAAGUUUCUAAGCUGCUCUGAGAGUGGAGAACAGUUUGUCUGCAAGCAGUCUCUUCAGAAACACGUGACAUGUCAUUCAGAAAAAAGGUCUUCCAACUGUUUGGAUAAUAAGAAAAUUUGUAGAGUGGAGCAAAGUGUUGAUUCUCAGGUGAAACGAUUUGGAUGUGACGAUUGUGGUAAACGAUUUAACCAAAAGAAAGAGCUUAGAAUACACAUGAGAGUCCACACGGGAGAGAGACCAUUUGGUUGUACUGAGUGUGGUAAAAGAUUUAGAUAUCAAGGAAAUCUGAAGAUGCACACAAAAGUUCACGCAGAUGAAAAACCAUUCGGGUGUGAUGAUUGUGGACAAAGGUUUAGCCGAAAGACAAAUCUUACCAGACACAUGAGAGUCCACACGGGGGAGAAACCAUUUGGCUGUGAUGAAUGUGGACAAAGAUUUAACCAUAAGGCAAACCUUAAACUACACAUAAGAGUACACACAGGGGAGAAGCCCUUUAGUUGUGAAGACUGUGGACAGAGGUUUUACCACAAGACUGAUCUUAAGAGACACAUGAGAAUUCACACAGAGGAGAAACCAUUUGUCUGUGAUCACUGUGGUAAACCGUUCAGAUAUCGAUGUAAUCUGAGGAGGCACAUGUCAGUUCACUCAGGAGAGAAACGGUUUGUUUGCAGCGUUUGUGGUAACACGUUCAACCGGGAGGGAAAUCUAAAGAUACACAUGAGAGUCCACACUGGAGAAAAACCAUUUGACUGCGAAUUUUGUGGUAAAAGUUACAGACAUCAGUACAGUUUUAAAACACACAUGAAAAUCCACGUAGUGUAGAAACUGCACUGUUGCACUUCAUUAAAACAACACAUUUCCUAAUAUAUUUAGUAUAUUCUAUUUAAAAUAUUUUAUUCUUUAUUUAAAAAAGAUAACAUUUGAUCAGUGUACGUUGAUCUGUGUCACGAAUACAACCCAGGAGUACGAAUGCUGCAUGUUAGUUAGCAUUAAAGGUAGAGGCACUGACAGUCAAAGAUGGUGUGGAUUUAAAGAAGAAAUGAGGUGUGUAACAGUCAACUGUUUUUAAUGUGCUUUUUUACUGUUUUGUGUACAAUGUGCAUAUUCAACACCUGCAUUAAUUUAAAAUGUACAGUAUUAUACUGAUGUCCAGAACUUC